AAUGGUCACACCAAUUUGUGGUGGCGAGUGUUUUUGUUUUGAUUUUUAUUUGAAAUUUGGGAAAAAAAAGUAUGUUGGCGUCGGACGCAGAAGCCGCGUUUAAACGUCACCAGGGGAUUGGAUCCCAGGUGAAGCAGGCCUACGAGGAAGCCAUUGGACAAAUCUUUGCCGACUUGAAUUGUUCGGACCUGGAUGCCUGUAAAGCCAUUUAUAGAAGUGACAAUGAAUCUGACCUGGACACCGAAAAUCUACUGAAUCGCACUCGUAAUCUAAUGACGAAGGUAGUCCUCGAAAUGAAUCGAUGUUUCUUCGCAAGCAACGACGUGGAAAACAAACUAACAACUUUAGAAAUGCUUAAGGAGCAUUUUGCUCCCUAUGAGGGCAAGGAUUGGAAUAUCAACGCUGCAUCCCCGAAACAUCUUACUCGUCCCUUGCGCAUGCGGCAUCUAGAUUUUAGCCUGAGUUUUAUGGAUCAACAGUUGGAGUCCCAAGAAAAACAGCUUGAGAUUGCAAUUUCCAAAAGCAAUGAGAAUCGACAACGCCUACAAAAAUUGCAGGACGAACGAGUAAAACUGAAAGCCAAAAUAGAGCAUCAACUACUGCAGUACCAAAAAUUUGAAUUCAACUAACUGGAUCAAAUAAUAAACAAUUUAUUAUGUAAUGCUUUGUAUUAAACUUGAUUGAAAUUGAAAUAAAUCAUGUUUGUUAUUA